AUGCACCAUCUUGAGCACCUUGCUUUUUCCCAACACAAAGCAUCCUUAUCUUAUCCUACCCUCUGCCCUCUGUCUCUCUGGAAAGGUAUCUACCCUCUGUCUCUAUGACUCUGUCUCUCUGGAAAGGUAAUCCUAACCCCCUCUGUCUCUCUGGAAAGGUAAUCCUAACCCCCUCUGUCUCUCUGGAGAGGUAAUCCUACCCUCUGCCCUCUGUCUCUCUGGAAAGGUAAUCCUACCCCCCUCUGUCUCUCUGGAAAGGUAAUCCUACCCUCUGCCCUCUGUCUCUCUGGAAAGGUAAUCCUAACCCCCUCUGUCUCUCUGGAAAGGUAAUCCUAACCCCCUCUGUCUCUCUGGAAAGGUAAUCCUAACCCCCUCUGUCUCUCUGGAAAGGUAAUCCUAACCCCCUCUGUCUCUCUGGAAAGGUAAUCCUAACCCCCUCUGUCUCUCUGGAAAGGUAAUCCUAACCCCCUAUGUCUCUCUGGAAUGGUAAUCCUAACACCUUCUUUCCUCUCUGUUGUUCUCUAUUUUCAGGGACAAGUGAUCCGUAUGUGAAGUUUAAGAUUGCGGGGAAGGAGGUGUUCAGGAGCAAGACCAUCAAUAAGAACCUGAACCCUGUGUGGGAUGAGAAGGUCAACCUACUGGUGGGAAGCCUCCGAGAACCCCUCUAUGUCAAG